UCAACGUAAUGCCUGAGUAGAUGGUGUCGAAACUUGGUUUGGAGCAGCUGUCUCCAGUUCAUUUUCGUGUCCGCAUGGCAAACCAUUCUCACUCGAGACUGGUUGGUGUACUUACUGGAGUGAAGACGGAGAUUGCCAGUUUUAUCUUUUAUGUUGAUUACGUGGUGCUGAGGAUGGUUGGACACGAGCUGGAUUAUCCAAUUCUUUUGGGAAGACCGUGGCUGUUACAGGCCUGGGUAGAUCAGAGUUGGCUGAAGAGGACUAUUACGAUUGGAGAUGGAAACGAGUUGCGCACUAUCCAAGUUCAGACGAGGAGGAGGCCAGCCUGGACUCCAGUGGCGUGUGAGCUGAUAGUGGAUGGGAUCGAUGACAGCAGUGAUACCACGACUGGUGCAGAUAGCAGAAGAGGAUCAGCUCAAAACCACGUUUGUGACUGAGUGGGGCUGCUACGCCUACAAAGUUAUGCCUUUCGGCCUGUGUAAUGCACUUGCUACCUUUCAGCGGGUCGUCACAGCAGCUUUCCAGCCGUACAUGCAAGAGUUUAUGGAAGUAUUC